AUGAUACGCAGAGCGUUUGCAACAACUCUUCAUGAUUUUAUUAAGUUUGAUCCCAAAAGGAAGCUACCUCAAUUAAAUCGCGAAGACUCUGAUAGGGCUAUCACAGAUGUAGCUGCAUUCUUUGACUAUAUUAUGGCCCAUGCUGGAAAUCAUAAGAGCGUGGCAAAUAGGAAAAUAAUUGGCCUUCCUAAUUUAAGAAAACUCGCUAUCUUGUAAUUUCUAGCCAGAGCAAAUAAGCCUGAAGACGCUAAAGUGCUGCAAUCUGCUUUUUGGACUUAUUGUGGGCACCACAGAUGGCCUGAUACCAAUACAAUUGAAAUGCUUUCUCAAGCCAUGAUAAAUAUUGAUGCACCAGCCGAUGCUUCAGAUGUAAGAUUAAUAUAGUUCUUUUUAUAUCAUCACAAAAUUCUCUUUUACCCAAGACUUCAAUCCACAAAUAAUUUUUUCGUAAGAAUAACAUAGAAAGCAUUGCAUGAUAAAAGUUUGUGGGAACCUCUCAGAAAUGCUUUUAAAGUUGUCGAAGUUUCAAACAUCACAUUGAAGAAUGAGUUAACCUACAUUAUGGGAAUAAAUGCUUGUGUGCAGCUAAAAGACUGGAAAUGGGCAUCAAGAUUUUAUGAAAGAGGAGCCAAAAAAAUAGAUUAUUCUGAAGGGUUUCUAGAAGUCAUUCAAGAACUGAGAAGCAAUCUCACUGAAGAAGAGCUGAAAAAAUUUAGCGUAGAUAAACAAGCUAAGCAAUAA